AUGAGGGAAGAGUUAACCUGCAAUUGUAAUUUACAUAGCAGAAAGUGUCGUUUCAAUGCAGAACUUUACCGUCUUAGUGGUUAUCAAAGUGGAGGUGUUUGUUUAAAUUGUAGGCAUAAUACUGCUGGAAGAAAUUGUCAUUAUUGCAAACUUGGCUACUUUAGAGAUCAAAACAAACCAAUAACACAUAGGAAAGCUUGCAAACCUUGUUUGUGCCAUCCAAUAGGCUCUAUAUCUCGAAAUUGCAAUCAAACAAGUGGACAAUGUAUUUGCAAACCUGGAGUUGAUGGCCCAACUUGUAAUCGCUGCGCUAAAGGAUUUCAACAAUCCCAAUCACCUGUUACGCCUUGUAUUCGUCCUCCACCAGCAGAAAAUGCUCUUUUUGAUUCAAAAAAUUCCGCAAAUAGAGAAUGUGAUAAAUGUAAAGCUUCUUCUACACGUCUAACACACAAAAGAUUUUGCAAAAAUGAUUAUGCCUUCCAUUUGCAAGUAAUUGGCCGUGAAUUAAUUAAUGGAUGGGCUAAAUACUAUAUAAAAAUAAUUUCAAUUUUAAAAAAUGAAAUUAAAAACGAAGACUUUGGAAAAGAAAAUAAUUUUAAUUUAAUUGAACCUGGAGAGGAAAUGGCUCUUUGGUUAUCUGAAAAAUUGUUGGAAUGUAAAUGCCCAAAAAUUAAAGUUGGAAGAAAAUAUUUAAUUAUGGGUCAAUAUAAAUAUUCAACAACAACAACUUCAGAUUUUACAACAAAUAACAACGAAUAUUCAUCCAAAAAUAAAUUAAAAAAUUUAAUUUUAAAUCCAAAUCAUUCAAUAUUAAUAGAUUGGAGUUUGUCUUUAGCUGAUAAAUUUGAACGUUUUGAACGUCGACAUUAUAGAGAAAAAUGUUUAAAAAUCAAAAAGGUGGAAGAGGAGAAGGAAGAAGAAAAUAAUAAUGUUAAUACAACAAUUGAAACUUUAAUUAAUAAUGAAGAAGGGGAAAAUAUAAAAAUUGAAAAAAUAAAGAAGAAAGGAGGAGUGGAGGAAGAAGAAAAUAGAAUUUAAAAAAGUUGGAAUUUCUAAAGAAAAAAGAAUCUUUUUUUCAUACUAAAAGAGUAAGAAUUUAUCCCUCCUUAAUCACUCACGUUUGUUUAAAAAAUUGUUAGGUUUUUUAAAUUUAAAAAAUAAGGGGUUGUCGGGUGCACUGUGAAUUUCUUAAAUAACGACAACCCUUAUUUUUAAAAGGUUUGAAAAAUCCUUUUAAAAAAUAAUCGAAAAUCUUUCUGAUAUGUCAUUUCAUUUCGCUCCUAAGAUUGGGGGGGGGGGGCUAUCAUUUUUAUGCAUUCCUUGUAUUUUAUAUACAUACUAUAUUUUUCAAAAUAUUUAAAGCUUUAUAUUAUUUUUCUGUCCAAACAAAUUUUCUUGCCCUACUCUAUUUUCUAUUUUUUUCUUGCUUUAAUUUUGUUUUCAAGUCAAUUUUUUUCGAAAUAUUUUUUUUCUAUUU